CUUCCAAAUCAAAGUUCUUCAAAUUAUCAAGAUCAACCUUCUUACUCUAUCAUCCUCAACCCCCCACACACAUCAUUCAAAAUGGUUCGCGGCGCCGAUUACGACAACGGAAUUCCCCAGAGCGACAACGCCAUUGAGGCGGGCGCUACCAAGGCACACGGCACUGGCGCAACUGACGCCCCCAUCGACCGCGUCAGCAAGGUCGCCCCCAUGCCCGAAGAGACUGGCUCUCAGCGUGAUGUACACAGCGGCACCGGCGCUCCUGGCCACAGCAGCGGAAAGGGUGGCCAUGAGCCCAAGAGCCUCGGCCAGCACAAGGGUCUUGGCGCCCAGGGUGUGAACUAAGGUGCUGGCUACCUUAGUUGGGUUUCCAUUCUUUGAACCUUUAAUUCAUAGAUAUUUCUAUCUCGAUUGAGAAGAGGAUACUUCAGAUCUAUCCUGAGCUCGAGAGGCGCAUCCCAUUGUUUUACGGUGGCGUGCGCGAUGGGAAGUGGAGUUUUAUUGGUGUAACACACUGGAGAGCAUAACGUGUAUGAAUAUCAAUGACCUAAAUCAUGUU